AUGGCAUCAUUUCAACCAUCAACUCGAAUUGUCACUUUGAUCAUUGUGAUUUUGGCAGCACUGACCUGCACACUGUUCAGUCUCGUAUGUUUAGGACAUGAUGCGACGAUUGCUGCAUUGACAGUUUCAGUGACUGCGAUUGUUCUUUCUGGUAUUGGAAUAAUCAUGCUCACUUUUUUCAUUACUGACAAAAAACCGUGUCAAUCUGAUGUGGUACUCAACACAGUUCGUUCAAAUUUUCAACACGAUCUUCAACUCACUGAUCGCCCACCUCUUCCUCCUUAUCUACCAGAAACACCAACAUUUAUUCCACCUUUUCCAAUUCCUCCACCCCAAAUCAUAAUGGAGAGCACAAACAUUUUGAUUCAACCACCAUCAGUGAAUAACCCUCCAUCUUAUGAUGAAAGCGCUGAUAUUGAAGACCGCAGAAUCACUGAUAAUUCAAAUGCUCCUCCUGCCUACAAUCCUACAAAUUUUGUAUCGGACAACAACAUUGCAAGCUUUUCCCCUCCACCGUACUACAGUCCCCCAAGUCCUUUUUUUGGAACCUCAGUGCAAACCAGCACGAUGUAUCUCUCCGCAGAAGAUAUGUCUGAAUCCCCUACUCCAACUUCACCCAUUCACCGUAUUUACAUUCGUGCUCCUUCGCCGGUCAGACGACACCCGGCUAGAAAACCCAGACGUCAGUCACCUCGUGUUCCAAAACCACAAGAAACUGUAAUAGUCAUGGAGCAAGAUAAUUCUGAAGCAUCUACAAGUACAUCUGUUCCCAAAACACCAACACGAACGCCACUGCCUCAAAUGUUCAUCGAUUGCUCAAAAGCGGAACCAGCUCUUUUCACAAUAAAUGGCGGAUUAUGGGACAACUGA